GAAGUAAACUAUUAUUUCAAUGCUGCUGGAGAUGCUUGGGACCCAGUUAAGUUCACAUGCGAAAAGUUUGAAUGCAAGAGAAUAGAAAGCAGACUUGCAGUCUAUAUGUUGGACCCAGAUAUUUCAAAUGCUUUAGCUGCCAAAUAUAUUGCAGUUCCACUUAUGUUCCCUAUACACCAAAUAUCUGUCAAAGACUUUGCAGGUGAAGUUGGAAACCAAAAUCCAGGAACCGCAGGUGCAAGAACAGAUAUUGCCUUAACAACUGCAAUGAAACAUGCAGAUACUAUGUUUGUACUGUUCAGACGAACUAUAAAUGACUAUUCUUGCUUCUACAACCCUGGUAUUAAAUACCAUAUAAACAUAGAUGGCAAAUAUUAUCCAAGAGAAGAAUAUUCUACAGUUGAGGAUAUGAGGUCAUACAACUUGACAUUAGAUGCUAUGAACUUUAACAACAACUUCACAACAACCAUUAACCCUGAAAUGCAAAGUUCUAUUAUGCCAUAUGUGAAAGUAUGGACUCAUACAGGAGGUCAAAAAACUCAAUAUACAAAUGGAGACCGUUCAAACUUUUGGCUUGGCAUUCCAUUUGCUGACUCAGAAGACUUUAUGGGUGGUAUUUCAACUGUUGGUACAGUUCAAAUACAAUAUACUGGUGACAGAGACGGUCCAGAUGAAUUGAAAGCAAAGAAGUUUACAAAACCAAUAGCACUUUUCACGGAAGAUGCUCUUUUGAAGAUUCGUUCGAUGAAACCUGCUGGGGCUCCUCAGAUUGGCAUAACGACAGCUUCCAUCGAGCAGAUUUUGGCAGCAGGUCAGUAA